AUGCUUGUCUCACCAGCUGCUGCACGCAAAUCUGAGUGGCGCAAGCACAGACGCGUGCGGCCAGCAAUCCCUCCACCAAGGCGCUGCCGCCGCCCUAUCGGCACUGCUGACAAACAUGCGGCUAUCCGAUCGCCCUUGGCCCCGGAUCCGGUGCCGCGUGCCUCGCAGCCUUGCGUGGUGUUGUCGCGGAGCAGUUCGCCCACCGGCGAGGCUGCCGCCGACCUGGCUGCCGAACGCUCCCCUCUCACCCAGCAAUCCACCCACGACAAACAACCACCACCAACCAGCGACUCCGCAAGCGUCCACCAACCCUCCUUGCACCGUGUCCCGGGAGUGAGCGCAGAGGGGCCCGGCGGUGACAUUUCUGCAAAGACUCCCAUACCUGGCUGCACGACACCAGGCGGGGACAAUCGCAGUGCUCAUGACAGCGGAUCUUCAACCUCUUCAGCUCAAAGGGCUGUGUUUGACCAUGUUGUUGGCGGAGCGCGCAGGAACAAAAUCAGGGGCGAUGGCGGCGCGGCCGUGGCGGCUUCGGGGGCGGCUAAUGUUGUUAUCGCGCGUUACGCCAUGACAGACGCGGACGGAGAAACUUCGACACAUCCUCGGAGGCAUCGGCAACCGGGCUCGGCCGGCCCGGCCGUCCCCCAGCUGUCCAUGGGGCGUGCCUCCGUUUAUGUACCUGUCAAGAGAGACUUGGCGGCUGACGAUCACCGAACCGACGAGGAAGUCUUGUCGCCGACUUCUGAUCCCGUCGAGGACAGCCAGGCGCAACGCGUGCGGAGUACGUCUCCGGCCGAGGAUUGCGACGCAGCAGGCGCCAGAAGGCCUACGGAAUGCCUAAGCAUGUUAAAGCAGAUGAUCCGCGUGCCGAAACUCCACCACGAGGCUCCUGAUCUGUCAAUGUUCCAGAUUCCGAAACCUGUGGAAAAGGGGAAAGGGAAACGCGUCCGUAAGUACAGCCCGGUAGCCGACGGUUUUGUGGGAUCGGAACUCUCUGUGCCACCUAAACAAAAGAGAGCGCGGAGAUUCCAAGGAAAGGGUGCACCUCCAGCAGGUGGUCUCACUCUCGUCCAGGGAGAUUUGCACGUUCUUGGUCACGCAGCCCAAACCGAAAUUGGAAUGCACAGGAUGGAUUCGCUCCACAGCUUGGCCGCCGCGCCUCGAGAGCGUUCGGGGGAUCUCUUUGACGAUGGUGUCACCUUAUUGCUGGACAGCGCGGAGAGAAAUGUUUGGAUGCCGCCCAGUUAUCCUCGUCGCAAUGGGAUCCUGAGCCAGAGACAGGAUCAAGGGGAUCACGCCGACAGAGAUGUUAGCAUUGGAUGUCAUGGAAGACUAAUGGCGCCUAUCACCCAGACUUCACCAAGGCGCAACCUAUUUCCAACGAUGGGGUUCCAGCUGGCCAAAAGUACUGCACCUGUAAGGCCGGGCAGGGGAGAAGAAGAGGAGGAGAUGGACGGACCGUGUGAAACGGAAGGCAAUGAGUUGGGCCAGAAAUCAGGUGAUGGAUCCUCAUCGGAAGCUGGCAGUUCUUCCGACUCGACAGCAGGGGACAGGCCAUAUGUGGCCGAUGCGGGGUAUCCACUUGUUGAGCGAGGAGAUGAUAACGCUUGCGAGGGUAACCGCGAGACUCUGAAAGCCUCGGAGCCUGCUUUGAACCGAGUGCGCAGCGUUUCCAACCACCCCAGGGAUGAGCCUGUUCUAACUCAACGUUACGCUUCGUUGUGGCUGAGAGAAAGUCAGUAUCGUAAAGGCCUGGGGGAUAGUGCCAUGGACCUGACCCGUCCUGGACAAUCUGCACGCAUGCAGUCUUCAGGCAUGUGGAUGGAGGUUCAAGAAGAAAUAGAGUCCACGCCUCCUGCAAAAUCAAGACUGCCAGAAAAUCCUGAGGGUGGAGAGGAGAGGAUGAGGUCGUCCAUAUCAUCUACAGCCUUGAUCCCAGGAAAGCGGCAGCCGGUUGCGGCGGCGGCGGCGGCGGCGGCGGUGGCAGUACCAGCCUCGUCCAGGCAACGCACGGAACAUGGCACGGCGGAGGCAUACCAACAGCUGAGACCCAUCGAGCACAUUCCUGAAGGGGUUUCCUCGGCCGCCGAAAACACUUUCCGCAGUCUAGUUCGGACGCAUCGCCAUCCUUUGACAGACGCACCGCUCGCUCGAGAUACGAGACCAAAGAGACUGAAGUCGUCGAUCGGGGAAACGUCGCGGAUGAUGGUCGACGAAAGCACCCGAGAUUACUUCAGCGGCACUCAACAAAAGCUGUUUGCGCAAGAUGAGGAACACAUGGGUGCUAAAUAUCUGGUCGGGGACCACAUUAGCCCCGUCACUGAUGGCAACGGCGUUGACCAGACGACUUUGUCCACACAGAGGCAUGGGUCCACGAAUACCCCAUACGUACGCGAUGACCAGUACAGUCAGCGGCGAACUGCCAACCAAGGUGCAGUGGCUAGUAUUCAGCCUCGGUCUGUGGUAACGGAUGAUGUAACUGGAAUGGGUACACUCAAGGGUGGUGGUCGCUUGCCCUCACUUUUACUUGAUCCGCCGUUUCUCCGGUGA